ACUUUGCCAAGAAGCUCCUUUAGAACACCCUGCCGGCUGCGCCCUUUGAGCCCUCUGCUCGCUCUCUCCUCCAGGGGAUUAAAACUCCAAAUGUUGGUCAAGCUGAGGAUGGCUUUCCAGCAGGCCGGAAAGAUAUCCGAAGGGAGCCUGCCCAAACUGGAAGCCAACAUCCUCGUCAUUGGAGCUGGGAAGGUGGGCAAGUCAGGUGAGUGACCCGCAAGUGCUGGCUUUGCAUGCAAAGGGAUUCCAGGUUCGAUCCCUGUCUCAUCUCCAAACAGGGCUGGGAACGACCCCACAGAGUCGCUGGGGGUUAGUCCCAUCGGCUCUGAUCAUUGGGCCAUGCUGGCUGGGGCGGCUGGGAGUUGUAGUCCAGAACAUCUGGAGGGCAUUGAAACGGAGAAGGAUGGCGAGGAACCUUCAGCCCUUCGGAUGUUGGUGAGCUGCAACUCCCAUCAGCCCCAGCAAGCAUGGCCAGUGGCCAGAGACUCGUCGUUGAGCAACAUCUGGCAGGGGGCAGGCAAAGGCUCCCCACACAAGGUGAGGACAAGGCUGACCUAUGCUCUGGCUCAGUAUAGGGCAGCUUCCACAGUUUUGCUGUCAGUUUUAAACAGGCCUCAAGCUAAGGAGUUGGCUUGGAUCUGGUCGGCUAAAUGGUCCACAUGUUUGUAAGCACAUUGGGGCAGGAGUUUGGCUGCCUGUUUGCUCAUGCUGCAAAGUGCCAUCUUUGCUGAGGAUAAAGGAGCUGGUGUCAUGGAACUGUAGAGUUGGAAGGGACCCCAAGGGUCAUCUAAUCCAACCCCCUGCAAUGGAGGAAUCACGGCUAAAAAAUCCCUGGCCGUCCAACUUCUCUUUGAAGGAGAGUUCAAUACUUUCGGAGACAGUGCGUUCCACCAUCGAACAGCUCUGACCCUUAGAAAGCUUUUGCUAAUGUUGAGUCGGGAUGUCCUUCCUUGUCAUUUGAAUCCAUUGGUUUGGGUCCCACCCUCUGGAGCAACAAAAAACCCCAAGCUUGCUCCAUCUUCCAUGGGGCAGCCCUUCAGGUAUUUGAAGGUGGCUCUCUCCUAUUGCCUCCCACUCUUCUCUUAGUCAUGUCACAACUAUGCCGUGAGCUAGGAUAGGAAACAGGGAAUUGAAUAUCAAAGCAAGCCCCUUGGUUUCCAACCAGGGGACAAGAAGAUCGACCUCCCUGCCAGGAGGAACAGCGCAUUGAACACUGCAAAGGACGACUUCGUCACUGCUGUUUGUCAGCUUUUUAUAAAAUACCAUCAACGUAAAGCCACUUUAGAGGUACAAUUUGAAAACAUAGUCCCCGUUGCAAUCUAAAUGUAGUCUGCCGGGGAGAGAAGGGGAAAGGCGAGGGCUGUCUGUGGCUUUAGCACAGCUGUAGGGCUGACAGCUGUCCACAACCUCUGGAGGGCACCAGGUUGGUAAAGGCUUCUGUAUGAGUACUUUGGGCAGAGGCCUAGCCCUGUGGAAGGGACACCCUCAGAAAGUGGUGGGCUCUCCUUCAGUGGAGGUUUCUGAGCAGAGGCUGGAGCGCCAACUGUCAGAGGUUCUGCAGCUGUGACUCCUGCAUUGCAGGGGGUUGGGCUAAAUGGCCUUUAGGGGUCCCUUCCAACUUUACAAUUUCUAGGAUUCUGCAACGUGGGUGAAAUGCCUACAUUCUGAGUCAAGUGGGGCGUGAUCACUUCAGAAGCAGCUGGGUAUCGUGUCAGGAGGACCGCAAAGACGGGCCCAUGGCUAAACCCACCUCUUAACUCACAAUCUGUCUCCUGCGCCCAUUCUCAUUGCUUUACCCCUUCAUGGAGCUGCAGUAUUGGAAGUGGGGGGAAAGGUCAUGUCAGAAUGGGGCUCUGGGGAAGUAGAUGGCAAAGGAAGAUCCCCCCACAUCAGUCUGUCUGUCUGUCUCUCUCUCUCUCUGUCUCUCUCUCUCUGUAAUUGCGAUGGAUCUGGGAUGAAUCCUCACCUGGGAUGUGGUGAUGUCACUUCUGUCACUUCUAGUCUGACCAAAAUCAAAUCAUUCUUGUUACGCCUAUGAAGCUAUGAAUCCCACUUCACCUUGGGCCAGUCCCUGCCUCUUAGCCUAACCUACCUCACAGGGAUGUUGUUGUGAGGGAUUAAAUGAGGAGGGGCAGAACCGUGUGGACCAACUCAAGCUCUUUUGAGGGCGAAGUGAACUAUAAAUGCAAUAAUGAAACCAACCAGUAAAUAAAAAUUUAUUGCCUGUAGCAGCUGGAUCAAUGAUGCCAUCCUAAUAUUGCUGCUUCUUCCCACAUUCUAGCUUUGACGGUUCGGUUUCUGACUCGGAGGUUUAUUGGCGAAUAUGGGGAUAUUGGUAAGUGACCUUUGAGAUCAUCCUUCUCUGGUGUCCCUCCCCCCCAAUAAUCAAAUCUACGAAUUAUUUUUACGUUAAAAUUAUAUGCCACUUGGUUGUAAUAAAAACUCAAAGGGAUAUGCAGAAAUAAUAAAGCUAUUGAUUCUUUUUGUAAAGCUCUCUGGGGUUUCAUUGUGAUCAUCAAACAGCAUAUAAAUCUUGAAAAAUAAAUAAAUAGAAUCCUUUUUGUCUUCCUUUUCCUCCCCUCCUGGUCACCCCCUCACUUUCCUUCCUUCCUUCCUUCCCUCCCUCCCUUGACCUUGUGCUAUUCACCAUCUCCCACCUCACAGGGUUGUUGUGGUGAGGAUAAAAUAGGAGUUGGGCUGGUUGAAAAACCCCUCUGAAUGCUUCCUUGAGAUUCUUGAAGGAAAAGUGUGAGAGAUGCGUAAUGAUAAAUAAAUAACCCUUCCUCCACCCACCCACCCUAUGCAAAUAUGGAUUGUAUGCAACUUUUCUAAGUAAAAUUCCAUUAAAAUUAGUGGACCUAAGUUAAUUUUUAACGGGUCACCUCUGAAUAGGACUGACAUUGGAGAUACCACAAUAUGGUCCUAAUCUGGAUAGGGGAGGGGCUCCCGCACUUCAAGUCAGUGUGGUGUAGUGGUUAGAGUGUUAGACUAGGACCUGGGAGGGACCAGGGUUCAAAUCCCCACAUGGCCAUGAACCUCACUGGGUGACCUUGGCCCCAUCACUCACUUCACCUACCUCACAGGGUGGUUGUGAGCUUAAAAUGAGGAGAAGGAAAACUAUGCAAGCCAAAUCACGUUCCUUGGAGCUAUAAAACAAAGGACAUCAAUCCGCAUCAAUCUGGAGCAGCAUUGCGGCAAGGGCUAAGGAAUUAAACCACAGAGCCUAGGGCUUGCUGAUCAGAAGGUCGGCGGUUCGAAUCCCUGCAGCGGGGUGAGCUCCUGUUGCUCGGUCCCUGCUCCUGCCAACCUAGCAGUUUGAAAACACGUCAAAGUGCAAGUAGAUAAAUAGGUACUGCUCUGGCGGGAGGGUAAAAGGCGUUUCCGUGCGCUGCUCUGGUACGCCAGAAGCGGUUUAGUCAUGCUGGUCACAUGACCUGGAAGCUGUAUGCCGGCUCCCUCGGCCAAUAAAGCGAGAUGAGGGUCGCAACCCGUCAUCCGCGACUGGACUUAACGGUCAGGGGUCCCUUUACCAUUACCUUUUACAUCCCCUAUACCAGGGGUCAAUAAACGUUUUCAGCAGGGGGUCGGUCCACAGUCCCUCAGACCUUGUGGGGGGUCAGACUAUAUUUUUUUUUUGGGGGGGUAAAUGAACGAAUUCCUAUGCCCCACAAAUAACCCAGAGAUACAUUUUAAAUAAAAGCACACAUUCUGCUCAUGUAAAAACACCAGGCAGGCCCCACAAAUAACCCACAGAGGCAUUUUAAAUAAAAAGCACACAUUCUGCUCAUGUAAAAACACCAGGCAGGCCCCACAAAUAACCCAGAGAUGCAUUUUAAAUUAAAGGACACAUUCUAAACAUGUAAAAACACGCUGGUUCCUGGACCGUCCGCGAGCCGGAUUUAGAAGGCAAUUGGGCCGGAUCUGGCCCCCGGGCCUUAGUUUGCCUACCCAUGCCCUAUACAAUCCAUACAAUCUGCCCUUGAAGGCAUGGCUACAGAGUUAAUGCACACCCACCCUCAAUUUAUUAUGGCCAACAGACCAGAAAUAAGACCAGUUAAUGUAGCCUGCGGCCUGCGCUGUUAUUAACACAUUUUCUCCCCACCUCUCCUCCCUUCCAGAAUCAAUUUACACCCACAAAGUGAUAAUGGCUGGCCGGGAAGCCUGCUUCAGCAUCUGGGACUCCGUCUGCCCUCAGGUAAGACAUCACCAUGCACAAUUCUCCAGGCAAUUUCCACAACAGGCGAAUGCCUGGCUGAAGCUGGCCUGCCAGCGGUGAUGCCGCAGUUAGGGAGCUGAACUAGGAGCUGGGAGACCAGGGUUCAAAUCCCCCCACUCAGCCGUGAAGCUCACAGGGCGAGACCUUGGGCCGAUCACUUGCUGUCAGCCUGCCUCACAGGGGUGUUGUAGGGAUAAAAUGGGGAGGUGGAGAAGCAUAUACACUGCCUCAAGCUCCCUGGAGGAAAGCUGGGGUAUAUAAACGUAAUAAAUAACAAUAUGUAAAUUGAUAGGUUCCGUAGGAGGAUUAUUACUGCUGAGAGAUGGGGGGUUCUUCUCAUGCUCUGAAAUGAUGUUGUGCCAUUAGUCAGAGAUAUACAUGAUGGGCAAGGAGGGAGAAGAAGCUCUUUUGGAGCCCUGAAUAAUUAAUUUAAUAAUCUGAAAGUCGAUUUGCUGAAGGAGCAUUAGGGGCUGGUGCCAGGGUGGUGAAGCGGUUAGAUCAUCAAACUAGGACCUGGGAGACCAGAGUUCAAAUCCACACUCAGUUAUGAAGUUCACUAGGUGGCCUUGGCCCAACCAGCCUAAGGUGCUUCACAGGGGAGAGGGGGAAUGAUGUAUACCACCUCUGAAUUCCUUGGAGGAAUAAUAAUAAUAAUAAUAAUAAUAAUUUAUUAUUUAUACCCUGCCCAUAUGGCUGGGUCUCCCCAGCCACUCUGUGCGGCUUCCAACUGAAUAUUAAAAACAAUACAGCAUCAGACGUUAAAAACUUCCCUAAACAGGGUUGCCUUCAGAUGUCUUCUAAAAGCAAGAUAGUUGCUUAUUGCCUUGACAUCUGAUGGAAGGGUGUUCCACAGGGCAGGCACCACUACUGAGAAGGCCCUCUGCCUGAUUCCCUGUCGCCUCACUUCUCGCAGGGAGGGGACUGACAGAAGGCCCUUGGCGCUGGACCUCAGUAUCUGGGUUGAACGACAGGGGUGGAGACGCUCCCUGAGGCCAUUUAGGCUUUAACGGUCAGCACCAACACUUUGAAUUGUGGUCUGAAAUGUUUCAGGACUGGUGUUAUAUGGUCUCGGUGGCCACUCCCAGUCACCAGUCUAGCUGCUGCAUUCUGGAUUAAUUGCAUUUUCCAAGUCACCUUCAAAGGUAGCCCCACGUAGGAGUAAAUAAAAGCGCCUCACUAACUCCGGCCCUCAUUCAAAUUUGUGCAGAUGGCCAAGCUCCAGGGUUGCCUGAACGAGAAGCAGCUCCGCUGGGCCGACGGCUUCGUCAUUGUCUACAGCAUCAGCGACCGUGCCAGCUUCCAUUUUGCCCGCCAGCAGCUCCAGAGGAUCAAGCAGCUAAAGAAGAGAGGAGGCGCCGAGAAGGUCCCCGUUAUCCUGGUGGGGAACAAGCGGGACUUGCAGCACCUGAGAACCGUCUCCAGUGAGGAAGGCCGCCUUCUGGCCCUCUCCACCGACGCGGGCUUCUUCGAGAUCUCUGCCGCCGAGACCUACCAUGGCGCCCUGGUGGUCUUCCACGAACUCCUGGACCUGGUACGGGACUCCAGGAGCGCCACCAAAAAGGCAGUGGGCAUCCGGGGACUCGUACGCAGCAUGUCAGCUGUCCUUGGGAGGAGAAGGACUGAAUGAGCUUUGGUUGCAGGGAGCUGGGAGGAAAGAGAGGAACUAGGGAAUUAUGGGGGAGGAGCUCUGGUGACGGCUGCUCAGUUGGAUGCGCAUCCAUCCCUAAGGAACAUCAGGC